UAACAAGUAAUGGUUUUGACUCGUGUUGGUCGGUGAGGAGCAGGAGGAAGCGAUGGUCUUCCCGCUGCCAUGGCUCAGCUUUUUGCGGCGGCAGCUACAGCCGGUGGGAAGGAGAAUCGGCCACAAAGGCAUCACCGACGCCUGAGAGAUCCGCGCCGGCCCUCUUGAGACUCCCGUGUGGGCAGUGAACUUCCGAAACGCUGAAGCUGGCGAGCCAGGGCCCCGAGUUAGGACCCCCUCCUGGGCUGCGGAGCGCGGCUCCCCAGAGCCUUGCCCCGACUCAGCAGAAGAGGAUGAAGAAACGCAAGGAGUUGAACGCGCUCAUAGGCCUUGGCGGUGGAAACGGCGACCGGGGAAGCGGAAGCGGCGGAGGCGGCCGGCGCAAAAAGAAGCACCCCAGGAAAGGCUCUGCCUCGGGUCAUCGGCUGCUCCGCACCGAGUCUGCCGAGAGUAGCACCAGCAGCUCCUCAGAUCCGGAUUACGGAGACGGAUUCGGGCUACCAGGCGCCCGCGCCCGCUUUUCUAAGAGUGACUACCUACGAUGCUGCAAACUCUGCUACCCGUUAUGUGCUUUUGUCAUCCUGGCUGCUUGUGUGGUGGCAUGUGUUGGAUUGGUGUGGAUGCAAGUUGCUCUCAAAGAAGACCUGGAUGGAUUAAAAGAAAGAUUUCGAACCAUGGAAUCUAAUCAAAAAACCUCAUUCCAAGAAAUUCCUAGAAUGACUGAAGACCUCCUUAACAAAGAAAAGGAAUUGGAAAAGAUUAAGAAUGGAGAUUUGGGGAUAAACAAAAUAUGGGUAAACAUCACUGAAAUAAGCAAACAGAUAUCUUUGUUGAUGUUGGCAGUAAAUCAUCUCAAAACAAAUAUUAAAUCUGCUUCUGAUUUGAUUAAUCUUCCUGGUACAGUAGAAGAGCUUCAGAAAAGUGUUGCUACUAUAGGUAGCACGGUAACUAGUGUUCAUCAUGAUGUUGAGACCAUGCAAGCAGCAAUUGAAGAGCACAAGAGAACUCUAGAAACUCUCCAGAAAGAAAUAAAUGAACACACAGAAGAUGUUGGACAAAAACAUUUACCUUCCUUUUCCUCCUCUUCUGUCCCUCAGAUAAAUGAAAAGAAUAUGACAGACAGUUGUAAACAGGAUAACCAAUAUCUACAUAUUUCUAUAGAGGAGAUAAACUCUACCAUAAUGUUACAUCAGAAAUUGAAUGAUUUAAAAUUUUUCAAUCUGGAUUCCACAGUCACCAAUUUAAGCCGUAGAGUUACUUCAUUAGAAAAUCAUAUGUUCGUUGUGAAUAAACUGGAAAAUCGAAAGAACCUUACCUUUGGUAUGGUGGGUAACCUAACUACCUCGGUAAAUAUGGAAAGUGAAUCAAGAAAUGAAACUACUGCUGAAAAAGUACAAAAUAUGGAGAAAAUAGAAAAUGGAGAAUCUCAGGUAUCCAAACUAAGAGAGAAGCUGCAGUUGAUUAAUGCUCUGUCAAGCAAGUCAGAUAGUGACCGAUCUGAAGCACUUAAAGUAGAAAAUUCACAGAGCAUCGCAUCAGAGCCUACAAAACUUCCAAGAAUUUCUUCAAGAUCACUUGGCAAUAAUUUUGAGGGAAGUCGACACCCAAGGAGCUUGUCCUUACCUGGGAUAUCCAACAUAGAAGAUCUUCAGAAUUUAUUCAGGACUUCUAGCCAAGGCACUAAUGGCAAGCUAUCAUAUGAGGACCUGGAAAAUUUGGUUGGAUCUACAGUGCAUGUUCCACAGAGUUUUAAGGAAUUUGAUGAAGAUGGAGAUGAAAAAUACUCUAUAUCAGAACUGAAAGUGGCACUGGGUCUAUAGUAUCUACUUAUAAACACAAUAUUGAAAAACUACAGUAGCAAUUAAAAAAAACACCAAUUGGAUAAGUAAAAGCUACUUCUAGCACUUUUCCAAAUGAUAUGCUAAUCCUUGAAAUUAAUUUAGUGUAUCAAUUGACACUUUUUAAAUUUUCUGUUCUUUGGAAAAAUAGUGAAAAGCUUUUAUAUUUUUAUCUGUUGUAACAUAAGAGAUAUUGACCCCUGAAAGUUUUCACAGCUCUGAGGCCCUGAUCCAGGGGUAAAUAGCCAUGCCUAAGUCUGUUUAUGCAAAUGGGGCCUAUUAAUAGCAAAUACAUUAUUGCAUUGGUUUCAAUUCCCAUUUUAUUUUUCCUGGAUCAUGGCUCAAGGAUUCCAUUGCAUUGUAUUGAAUAGUUGUAAUGAAAAUGGUACUUGCACCUUAUGACUAAGAAUUUUAGCUCAGAGUUUUUAUUUCCCUUAUAAGGGAAGAUCGUCUUCAAGUUGAAAUGUGUGUAUAUAUUGACAAACAUGACUUUUAUAUUUCAGAUUUGCCUUAAAUUAGUUGCACUUUAGAAUAAAACAUAAAAAUCUGAUUUGCAGGAUGGAAUUUUUCCAUUUGUAAAUAUUUAAAGUAGAAUAACCUAUACACAUUUGGGUCAACUUGGCAUUGAAAGUAAUCAAUAUUCCAGUUUGUAUUAAGUAGAAGUUGGCAACAGAAAACAUUUCUUCCUCCUAGGAAUUACACUUGUAUGCCACUCCUUUCCUAUAGUUGCCUGUGAAUCACUGGAGAGUUUUCUGCUAUUCAAGGACUAACAGUCACGCCAGACUCUAAAGAAGACUUCAGUUCUUUAAAUUGAGAUAAAAGACCUUCUGAGAAACAGGUUGUAAGAAUAAUGAUUUCUUCUGCUUUUAAAUUGACCACAGAUUCAGUUGUUAUUUUCAAUUACAACCAUUUUAGGAAGAGGGAUUCUUCCUGCAAUGUAGACUAAAUAUUUACUUUAGCAUUUUCCCAUUAUAUUGGUUGAUAUUUUAUUUAAUUAAUCUCCAAUAAAAAGUGGAGAUUAAAAGUGGUGUUAAUGGUUAUUGUAGUGAAUAUCAGUAAUUCUGAUACUCUCGACAGAAUGAGAUGAACAGGACCAAAUUACAUGUUGUAUUAGGUACAUAUUUGCAUUUUCACUCAAUAGUUUGCUGUUUUGACAUUAAUUCCAGUGUGAGGUUCAGAUGGAUUAGAAUUGUGGCGUGAACAUGGGGUGGAUGGGGUGUUGCAGUUUUCUCCAUACUAUAGGUAAAUCUCCUGCCUUUUAAGUUGCAGUUUGCAUCUUAAGGCAGAUAGCAUUUGAGAAAGAUUUUCACUGGGAGCACAACUUCUUCCUACGUACUGUGGUCUAUCAAGAUUAGUAAGCUUUUGCCUUAUUAAAAAAAGACAUCUUUGUGAAUGUGAAGUCACUUUGGGUCAUGUGGCUUGAGCUGUAACUUUGGAAAUUCUAAGUAUUUUAAGCUGCUGUGUUUUUUGUU